AAUGCAAAGCGAUUGCUUAAGCAUACUUCCCCUCUAGUUUGAAACGGAAGGAAAUCAGUUUUUAAGGUGUUCUUUUGACAUGUCUGAUUUGAAGACAAGCCAAAGUGGCGGUGCUGGAAAGACCCAGACUCGAAAUCUUCCGUCAUGGAUGAGUUCAAGAGAGAAUGAGAGUAAAUCCCAUGGAAACAAGCCAAAUGAUGCUAAAGGACAUGCUUCUAGUUCUAACGACAUCAACUUUUCCGAACUUAUGGAAGGGGUGGUCUUUGUAUUGUCAGGAUUUGUUAAUCCGGAGCGUGGUACAUUGCGUUCCCAGGCUUUGGCUAUGGGAGCUGAAUACCAGCCUGACUGGAAUUCAAAUUGCACGCUUUUGGUAUGUGCUUUUCAAAAUACUCCGAAGUUUCGACAAGUGGAAGCAGACUGUGGAACCAUUGUAUCAAAGGAAUGGAUUUUAGAAUGUUAUGCACAGAAAAAGCUUGUCGAUAUUGAUCCUUACCUCAUGCAUGCUGGGAAACCUUGGCGAAAAAAUAGCAUUUCUCAUGAAACUUGUGAAGAAAAACAAGGAUCAUCAUUACCAAAAUCUUACAAGAAAGUUGAAACACAAUCCAAGACAAGUUCUGGUUCCUCUGAGAAUAGAGCAUCUCAGCUCGCUCAAGAGAGUUUUUCUCCUUCUAAAGUUAAGAAGUGGGUUAUCGAUGAUUUCAAUGGAACUAUUGCAUGGCUGGAGAGUCAAGAAGAAAAGCCUGAAUCGCACGAGAUAAAGCAAAUAGCCAGAGAAGGGAUCUUAACUUGUUUGCAAGAUGCCAUAGAUUGUCUUGCACAAAAGCAGGAUGUGCAGCAAAUUACCGAGCAGUGGAGCUUUAUCCCUCGUGUGGUGAAGGAGAUUGUUGUCUUUGAUGGCAAUAACCGUGACUCUCUCACCAAGGAAUAUCUUCUGAAAAAGGCCAAGCUCUGCAAGCAAAUUUACGAGGAUGAACUAAGCCGGAUGGAUGACAAUUCUUCGAAAAGAAAAAAGCCAAAAACUGAUGGAGGUGAAGAAGGUGACCAGAAGGGAACUCAAGCCAGCUCCAGGAAUGCAUCAGGUUAUGACAGUGACGAAACAAUCGAGAUGACCGAGGAAGAAAUUGAUCUUGCUUACAAGAAUUUUGCUUCCGGAACUUUGUAAGUCAAGUUUUAUGUCAAUGGACUGAAAGUAAUAGUUUUAUGAUAAGCUAGUUUUUGACUUUAGGCAUAUACAUUACGGGACAAUGUUGCCAUUGCCAUUUCCUUU